CCUCGCCGCCAGCGCCCGGCCACACCCACAAGCACGCACGUGUGCGCAUUUCCUCCAUCCCUAGGGCUUCGAGGGGAGCGGCUGGGGUGCGGGAGAGGGGGCAGAGGAAUCGGGCAGACGUGAGGAAAGACGCAGUGGGGGAGACAGCGAGGGAGAGGAAGGCAGGAAUGGAGGGAAGAGAGCGCAGAGAGCGCAGAGCGGGAGAAGGAGGCCUGGGAGGGCAGGGGAGGGCGCGACUGCGGCCCUGGGAACCGAGGCCGUCCGGCGCGGGGUGGCGGGCAGUGGCGGGAAGCGGGUGGAGCUGCCCGGCUCAUCCGUGACCUCAGAGCCCCUGGCCCAGCUCCGCCCUGACGUCAGCCCUCCUCCGCCCCCGCCCGCAUCGGUCUUCAAAUGACCCCCGGGCUCCCCGGCCACAGCGAGACCCAGACCCGGGAGCGAGGAGCAGGAGAGGAGCGCACGCUGGACCCGCAGCGAUGACACAGCAGGAGCUGCCCAAGCCCACCCCGGCUGCCCGCCACUGCUCCGGCCUGGCCCGGCGAGUGCUGACCAUCACCUUCGCGCUGCUCAUCUUGGGCCUCAUGACCUGGGCCUACGCCGCCGGGGUGCCGCUGGCCUCCGACCGCUACGGCCUCCUGGCCUUUGGUCUCUACGGGGCCUUCCUCUCCGCGCACCUGGUGGCGCAGAGCCUCUUCGCGUACCUGGAGCACCGGCGGGUGGCGGCGGCGGCGAGGGAGGCGGCAGCGCGGGGGCCCCUGGACGCGGCGGCGGCGCGCAGCGUGGCGCUGACCAUCUCGGCGUACCAGGAGGACCCUGCGUACCUGCGCCAGUGCCUGGCGUCCGCCCGCGCUCUGCAGUACCCGCGCGCGCGGCUGCGCGUCCUCAUGGUGGUGGACGGCAACCGCCCCGAGGACCUCUACAUGGUGGACAUGUUCCGCGAGGUCUUCGCCGACGAGGACCCGGCCACCUACGUGUGGGACGGCAACUACCACCAGCCCUGGGAGCCGGCGGCGGCGGGCGCGGCAGGUGCGGGCGCCUACCGGGAGGUGGAGGCCGAAGACCCCGGGCGGCUGGCGGUGGAGGCGCUGGUGAGGACGCACAGGUGCGUGUGCGUGGCGCAGCGCUGGGGCGGCAAGCGCGAGGUCAUGUACACGGCCUUCAAGGCGCUCGGCGACUCUGUGGACUACGUGCAGGUGUGUGACUCAGACACAAGGCUGGACCCCAUGGCACUGCUGGAGCUGGUGCGGGUGCUGGACGAGGACCCCAGGGUAGGGGCCGUUGGGGGGGAUGUGCGGAUCCUUAACCCCCUGGACUCCUGGGUCAGCUUCCUAAGCAGCCUGCGGUACUGGGUGGCCUUCAAUGUGGAGCGGGCUUGUCAGAGCUACUUCCAAUGUGUGUCCUGCAUCAGUGGUCCCCUAGGCCUGUACAGAAACAACCUCCUGCAGCAGUUCCUUGAGGCCUGGUACAACCAGAAGUUUCUGGGUACCCACUGUACCUUUGGGGAUGACCGGCACCUUACUAACCGGAUGCUCAGCAUGGGCUAUGCCACCAAGUACACCUCCCGGUCCCGCUGCUACUCUGAGACUCCCUCGUCCUUCCUGCGCUGGCUGAGCCAGCAGACACGCUGGUCCAAAUCAUACUUCCGCGAGUGGCUGUACAACGCGCUCUGGUGGCACCGGCACCACGCGUGGAUGACCUAUGAGGCAGUGGUCUCGGGCCUCUUCCCCUUCUUCGUGGCGGCUACUGUGUUGCGGCUCUUCUACGCAGGCCGCCCAUGGGCGCUGCUGUGGGUGCUGCUGUGCGUGCAGGGUGUGGCGCUGGCUAAGGCGGCUUUUGCGGCCUGGCUGCGCGGCUGCCCACGCAUGGUGCUGCUCUCGCUCUAUGCGCCACUCUACAUGUGCGGCCUCCUGCCUGCCAAGUUUCUGGCGCUGGCCACCAUGAACCAGAGUGGCUGGGGCACCUCUGGCCGGCGGAAGCUAGCCGCCAACUAUGUCCCCCUGCUGCCACUGGCCCUCUGGGCUUUGCUGCUCCUGGGGGGCCUGGUCCGCAGCGUGGUGCAUGAGGCCCGGGCUGACUGGAGCGGUCCUUCCCGGGCUGCCGAGGCCCACCACCUGGCCGCAGGGGCUGGCGCCUACAUGGGCUACUGGGUGCUCAUGCUGACGCUCUACUGGGUGGGUGUGCGGAGGCUCUGCCGGCGGCGCUCAGGUGGCUACAGAGUCCAGGUGUGAGUCUGGGUGUGCAGGGUGCCCACCCAGGGGACUUCAAGGGAAGCAAAAGAGGAAACCAGCAGGGGCCCCAGGAGCCACAGACUUGCUGGGUGAUUCUCUGGGGCUCAGUUUCCCUCCUCUGUGAAGCGAGGGGAUGUUGACCCAAGAUUCUUGAGGCUGGGACUUCAGGGUCUCUGGGAAGGGGGUAUUUAUUGAUCAGGGCAUGGAUUUUUAGGGGUGGGGGACAAGGGUCUCCACAUGCUGUCCUGGGGCCUGCUUUCUCUCUGUUUUUAUUUAAUAUCCAUUUGUACUGUGUGACUAGGAUAUAAUAAAGAAUUUUAUUUAUUUUCUCCUGAGUCUCCCCCUUUUCUUUGAGACCUGAGCGGUUAUAGGGCUAAAGUCUGGGGACUUGUGGCUCUGUCCUAGGUGCCAGCUGUUUGAACCUAGAAGGGUCCUUCUUCGGGAAACAGGGAUAAUAAUCCCAUGGGUCAGAGAUAUGAGGGUGAAAAUUCUCAGCACAGAUACUUAAUGGAGUACCUGCUAUGUGGUGACACUGUUAGGUACUGAGGAGGGCCUUUUCCUGGUCUACUUGGCUGCUCUCUAAGAAAGGGAAGCCAUACCUCAUCUCCUCAAACCCCUAGCACCUCACCCUUACUUUGCUUUCCAUCUCACUAAGAAAACAAAAGUGAUAAGAAAAAAACCAGUCCCACCUGUAUAUCUUUCCACUGAUCUCCAUCUGUGCCCACACAGGCCACACCUUCCUCAUUACUGAACACAAACUGAUUGUGCUCCAAUGCCAGCCCAUCCCACUGGGGCAUUAAGUCUCAUGCCUUCAGGUCUAAUCAAAGAUCUCACUCCUUGCAUUCUUCCCACAUCAUCACUUCUUCCCUCCCCAUGAGGGGUUUCCUACCAGCAUCCAAAUGUGCUAUCACUCUGUGACUUUUAGGACACCCUGUCUUGACCUAUUUCCUCCUGAGCUACUGUCUUUUUUUUUUUUUUCUUUCCUUUUUUUAAAGUAAUCUCUCCCCCUCAGUGGGGCUCAAACUCAUGACCAGGAGAUCAAGAUCUUUUGCAUGCUCCACCGACUGAGCCAGCUAGAUGCUCCAUACUGUUUCAUUUCUAACAGCAAAACUCCUUGAGAGCUGUUUAUCUUUGUCUCCAAUUUCUCUUCCACAAAGUUCAGCCACAUUAAGUGCCUAAUUCAAUGGUCUUUAGUAACUUUAUAGACUCCUGCAGCCAUUACCAUAAUCUAAUUUUAGAACAUUUUUAUCACCCCCCAAAAGGAACUCCACAGCCACUGGCAGUCACUUGCAUUCUUCACCCCGAACCCACCUCCAUGCCCUAGGCAACCAUAAUCUAUGCUUUAUCUCCACAGAUUUGUCUCUUCUGGACAUUUCACAUAAAUGGAAUCAUGCAAUAUAUAUAUUUUUUGUGACACAAAGUUCAUCUGUGUUGUUGCAUGUAUCAUUGGCUCAUUCCCUUUUACUUCCAAAUAAUAUUCCUCUGUAGGGAUACAUUACAUUUGGUUUACACAUUUAUCAGUCGAUGGAUAUUUGGGAUGUUUCCAUUUUUUGGCUGUUGUGAAUAAUGCUAUAGACAUUCACAGACAAGUUUCUGUGUGAACAGAAACUGUGUGUUAGAUGUGUCUUAGAUUCUCUGUGUGUUAGAUUCUCUCAGGUGGGCUUCUCUAGGAGUGGAGUUGCUGAGUCAUAUGGUGGUCCUGUUUAAUUUCUUAAGAAACUGACAGGUGGUUUUCACAGCACCUGUACCAUUUUAUAUUCCCAUUAGCAAAGUAGGAGGGUUCUGAUUUCCCUAUAUUGUCACCAACAUUUGUUAUCACCUGAUUUUGUUUAAAAAAGAUUUUAUUUGAGAGAGACACUGAACAUGAGUAAGGUGAGGAGUAGAGGGAGAGGGAAAAGCAGACUCUGCUGAGCAGGGAGCCCAAGGCGAGGCUUGAUUCCAGGACCCUGAGCCCAAGGCAGAUGCUUAACCAACUGAGCCACCCAGGCGCCCCUCACCUGACUUUUUGAUUAUAGCCUCCCAGGGGGUGUGAAAUGGUAUCUCAUUGUGGCUUUGAUUUGCAUUUCUCUGAUGACUAGUGUUGCCUCCCACUGACUUUCAAAUCCAUGCCAAUCAGAUGGCUCCCAGCCAUGGCUCUUUGGAAAUGGCUCCAGUCAAGUUUAUCAGUGAUGUCCAUGUUGCUGAAACCAAUGGCCAAUUCUCAGGCCUCCUCUCUCAUGAUGCAGCAUCUGACCAGCUGAUCACUCUCUUCUUGAAGUGCUUUCUUCAUUUGGCUUUCAGGGAUGCCACAGCUGCCUUCUCAGCUUCUCAUGGUUCAAAUGGCUUAACUUUGGAGAAACUUCCUCCUAUCCACUUCUCUUAUGGAUUUACACUCAUUUCCUCUGUGCAUUCAGUGGCAUGGCUCUGAAACUUGUAUCUUCAGAUCAGACCUCACUCCAGAAUUCCCGACUUGUAUACCCAAUUGGCUCCAAGUCACUUCCUCAUCACCAGACCCAACGCCUCAUCUUUCCUCCUCUUCCUCCCUCCUUGAAACCUUCCAAGAAAACUGCUCCUCCCACAGCAUUCAUUAUCUCAGUAAACAGAACUCUGACAUUCUAGCUGCUCACAUCAAAAAUGCUAGAACUGCACUGCACACAACAUAUCCCCUACCACAGAGGACUACUUAAUUUUUUAAAUUCAUUCUUUGAUGAUGUCAAUCAGUCAUGAAACCGUUUACCAAGUAUGUACUGAAUUACACAUUUUGCCAGGUUUGCAAAUGCAGAAAUGAGUAAGAGGCAGCCCCUGCCUUCCAGGAGCUCCUUGUCAAGUAAACAAAGAGUGUGAUCCAGAGUUACACAAAGACACAUGCCUCUGUGAUUUCUAUUUUCACAGCUGAGGCACAACUUAAAUUAUUAAAGCUAUAAAAGAUUAUAAAUUUAGAUCCUCAGUUGCACUGGCCACAUCUGACCCACUUCAUGGCCACAGGUAGCUGGUAGCCACCACAAUGGACAGUACAUAUCUAGAACAUUGCCAUCAUGGCAGAGGAUUCUACUGGACCCUCUGCUGCCCUGACCAUGGACACUGCCCCUUCUCUUUUCUUCCUCUCACACCUAACAUUCCAAUCCAUCAGCAAACCCCACUGAUCCUACCUUCAGGACAGAUCUAGAGCUCCUCACUGUCAGGGGCACCUGGGAGGCUCAGUCAGUUAAGCAUCUGCUUUUGGCUCAGGUCAUGAUCCUGGGGUCCUGGGAUCAAGCCCCACAUUGGGCUUCCUGCUUGGUGGGGAGUCUGCUUCUCCCUCUCAUGCUCUGCUCUCUCUCAAAUAGAUAAAAUUUUAAAAAAAGAAAAAAAAAAACCAAACUCGUCACUGUCAUCACAGUUGUCCCUGAGCUGCAUCUCCUUCCCAGAUUAUAGCUGUCUAGAUGAUCACAGCACCUCAUAGUGGUUCCUGCCCCCUACAGUUCAUUGUCCAUGCAGUAGUCAUACAAAUCAAAUCAAAUCAUGACUUUCCUGGCCUCAAAAACUGCCCAUUACUCUCAUCUUAGAGGGAAAUCCAGACCUUACAGUGGCCAAGGUCCUGCACAUUCUCUCUGACUUCAUUGUGUACUCGUUUCCAAAAGUCCUACUCCAGAUGCCUCCUGGCCAUGUCUCCAAUAUUAGGUGCACUAGGGGAUUUUGCCCUUGCUAUUUCUCAUUUGAUCCAUGUCUUAUUUUGUUUAAUUUUCUUUUUAUUGUCUGACCAUCCAUUACAAUCUAAACUCCACAGGCACCUGGCUAGUUCAGUUAAGCAUCUGACUCUUGAUUUCAUCUCAUGUCAUGAUUUCAGGGAUAUGAAAUUGAGCCCCAUGUUGGGCUCCACAAGAUUCUUUCUCUACCUCUGUGCACUGGCCCCUCAAAGAAUCUAAACUCCUUGAGGGAGCAGAUUUUUAUCUAUUGUGAUUUUUUUUAAAGAUUUUAUUUAUGUGUUCAUGAGAGACACAGAGAGAGGCGGAGAUACAGGCAGAGAGAGGAGCAGGCUCCCCAUGGGACUUGAUCCCAGCACCCCGGGAUCACAACCGUAGCCAAAGGCAGACACACAACUACUGAACCACCCCAGCACCCCAUCUGUUCUGAUUUCUUCACUGCUGUCUCUACAGUGCCUUGAAAAUGCCUGGCACAUAGAAGUACUCAGUAAAAAAAAAAAAAAAAAAAAAGAAGUACUCAGUAAAUAUUCUCUGAAUGAAUGAAUGAGUGAGCAAAGUGGAAUAUAUUAGUGAACAAGAAUGAGCAGAUGCCCAGAAGCAACUUAUCUUUUAGGUGAGAAGACACAACCAAAAUAAAAAACACAGGUUGACAUCAAGUCCCAUGAAUAAAAUGCACAAGUGAAAAUAGGGAGGGGGAUGUCAGCUGACAGGGAGGGAAAUGGUCAGUGAAGAUGACAUUUGGGCUGGGACCUGUGCGGUGAGAGGGAGGUAGCUUUGUGAGUUUCACAGUCAAGUCACAUCAAGUAUGAAGAACGUCAUGUGCAAAGGCCGGAAUGUGGGACUGAGCUUUGCAUGUUCAAGAGACAAAAAAAUGACUAGUGGGGCCAGAGAGUAAAGAGGACAAAAAAAGGGAGGUGGAGUCCAGCUGCCUACCAGACACAGAGCUGUCAGAGGGAUGAAAUUGGUUAAUACAUGUAAAGGUUUUUCAGAGGAAAUCAUAAGUGAGUUUAGACACAGAAGGGAGAAAACGUGAUCCUAGGCAGGAAACAACAGCUAACCAGGUCCUGGAGAGGGUGACAAGAAUCAUGACAAAUUUAAGGAAUAAGCAAAGGCCAGACAAACUGCAGGGUGGAAAGAUCUACCCAUCAUGCCUGCAGGGUAGAAAGACAAGGCUCACCAGAUCAGCAAAGGCCAGAACCUGGGGCAUCUUGGAGGCCCUAACAGGGAACUGGAUUUUGUUCCAGUGGCAAUAGAGAGCUAAAGGGUUUUGAGCAAAGGAGUGACCUGAUCAGACAUACUUCAAAAUAUUCCCCUGGCUGCUAUGUGGAGGAUGGACUGUAGUGCACGGAGUCAAGGCAGGGAGGUGAGUGGAGAUGCUGCUGGAAUAACCCAGGCAAGAGAUGAUGGUAACUGGGACCACAGAGAGAGGGCGGCUGCACAAGAUGUUUAGGAGUUAAAAAGGCUGAGGCAUGGAAGUAGAAGUGGAGGAGGAAUUACACUCUUAGGUUUCCAGUUGAGCAGCUGGGUGGUUGGUGGUACACUCAGUAGGAAAGGCUUGGGGAGGAACAGGCUUUCAAAGAGACAGCAAGGACUCCAUUUGAGUGUGUGUUCUGCAGGUUGAAAUGUCAAAGAGACUGCCAGAAAUCUGGGGAGGGGCCUGAGCUUGUACCCAAAG